AUGGCCCGCCAGGAAGCCGAUAUACAUUCGGAAUCGGUACCGGCCCCGGGGGCUCCUGCAGCCAGCAAUAUGGUCGAACUAAAUGGGCAUCUUUAUGACCCUUCAGGCAAAAUUUUCGUGGCAAAUGACGCGUCGGAGCAUCAUCGCUGUCGGCUUCAGCACCAGAUACUCAAGGACUGCCUCAAUGGGAAUCUCAUGGCCACGAAGCUUCCGCCCGACGUCGCGAUGAUUGUCGAUGUUGGCACCGGAAUUGGCCAGUGGGCCGCCGAGGUCGCUCAGCAGUAUCCGAAAGCCCAGGUCAUAGGCAUGGAUAUAUCCAAGGUCCAAGAUACGCCAGUUCCGGAUAACGUGUCGUUUGAGAUCCACGACGUCGAAGAUCCCUGGAACUGCGAGCCGAACUCGGUAGAUUUCGUUCACAUCCGGGACGUCACGGGCGGGAUCCACGAUUGGCUUGCGCUUGUGCGCCAGGCGUACAAGAGCCUCAAGCCGGGCGGCCAAUUGGAAAUGACCGAGACGCGGGCCAAGUUUUUCGACUUCGACGGUACUUUCGGCGAGACGGGGACCUUUUUCGUCGAAUUCGAAAAUAUUUACUUGGAGCUGGCCUCAAAGACGGGUAUGGACUGGGACCCGGUACCAAGCUCGCCGGACUGGCUGAACGAGGCCGGGUUUGAGAAGAUUGUUCAGCGGAGCGAGAUAAUGCCCAUCGGAUCGUGGCCGAAGGAUGCUAAGUUGAAGAAAAAGGCCAUGGAUUUCACAAACAUGUGGAAUGACGGUGGCUGGGAAACCAAGACGGCGAGGCUAUUUACGACUUGCGGGUGGGAGUUUUCGGAUUUCAGAUCCCUCCUCGACAGGGUUAAAAAAGAGACUGCCGAUAGUGGCGUCAAGGCAUAUGCGACCGUCGUAUUUACCACGGCAAGGAAGCCGAAGAGAUGA